AUCUGUCUCACUAGACUUUAAAAAUCGAUAUCAACGAACAAUUACAUUUCAAAUCGACAUCGUCCGUUGGUAGAAUAGGUUCAAUAUGGUAUCGUUAGGCUCAUUCGUGUUUUACGCAUUACUGGUCCCAGCGCUUGGGAACGUACUGACCCCGUACGGCAACUAUAGCAACAGGAUCGUAGGCGGUAAUGAUGCUGCUCCCGGCUCGGCUCCCUAUCAGGUUUCCCUGCAAAACCUUCUCGGGCAUUCGUGUGGAGGAGCCAUCAUCAGUGACCGAUGGGUGCUAACGGCGGCACAUUGCGUUGUUGAUAGUACCGUGUCAAGAAUGCGCGUACUAGUCGGAACCAACAAUCUGAAGGAAGGCGGACAAAAGUAUCGAGUAGAUAAAUUCUUAGUACACAGCGGUUAUGAUGAUCCAAGAUUCCACAACGAUAUUGCGUUGAUCAAAUUAGCAUCACAAUUGAAUUUCGAUGUAAAUGUGAACGCUAUCCAAUGUUUGGAAACUGUACUUCCGGAAAAUGCGACGUUAACUUUAACCGGAUGGGGUAGGACUAGUACGAUCGGACCGGUUCCAACUCAGCUUCAAACAAUUGAUCUGCAAUAUGUGAACUAUGAUGAUUGCAGGCUGAUUCUAGGUCCUGACCUUGGUGUUGGUCACAUGUGCACUCUUACUAAAACUGGAGAGGGGGCAUGUAAUGGAGAUUCUGGUGGCCCACUUACAUAUCAAGGAAAAUUGGCAGGACUAGUGAACUUUGGAAUUCCGUGUGCAAAAGGAUACCCGGACGCCUACGCUCGAGUUGCGUACUACCACGAUUGGAUUCGCACGACUAUUGAAAACAAUUCUUAAUUACGACGUCCCACAGUGAAGGUUUAGAGCAUUCUUCCGCGGUCAAUUCUUAAAACAUUCUCGCACGAUACAUAACUUUUAAGCAUCGGUGAAUUAGAUUGGAAUAUUUGUAUUUCAUGCUAACUUUGCAUUCGAAAUUAAUGUCUCGAUAUAGAUAAAAAAAAAUGUUGAAAAGAGAAAGUACUACAUCGCACUGACAGCAAAAUGUGGUUUGUCUACUGAUUAACUUCAUUGUACAUUUUUCAAAUGAAAAAAAAUGAAAUAAACCUGUCGUUCUUUCGUCUAAAGCGAAAACACUUCAAA